AUGUCGCUCUUCGGCACGUCGCCCGACGAGACAUCUACAGAAGUCAAUCCCUCUCGCCUAUCCAAAUCCUCCCUUUUCGAUGACGAGCCAUCACACAGCCAGUCCGGAUCAGCGCUCUUUGCCGACGAUAAUCACGGCGGCGACUCACCAUGGGACAUGCCCACGCCUAAGAGAGGCGGGCGCCAGAACUUGGUCAAAAACCUUCUUCCUGCGUCGGACGUGCCGGAUAGUUAUAUAAAUGGUUUUGACUUGGUUCUGGAUUCUAGUGGUCGAGGCGGCGCCGGGGUCGGGCUUACGACAACUCGACAGAUCCUUGCGAGCAGUGGAUUGACUGCGGCGAAUCAGGCUAAAAUUCUUAAUCUGGUGCUACCUGGAGGCCAGGAAGCGUCGUCUGAAGGAUUGGGUCGGAAUGAAUUCAAUGUCUUGCUGGCUUUGAUAGGUCUGGCUCAAGAGGGUGAGGAGAUUACGUUUGAUGCUGUGGAUGAACGGCGGAACAAACUACCCCAGCCUAAAAUAUCGUAUCUCGACGAACUGCGACACUCCAAUGCCGAACCCGCGUCCACCACACAGCAACCAGGAGAGACGCAACAACCCGGAUCACAACAACAGCCUGUCCACGCACGACCGCGACAAACAUCAUUUGGUACACCAGAAGCAGAUCCCUGGGGCAGUCCGGAUCUUCACCGUGGACACAGUCAUAUAUCUACCCAUGAGUCCACGCUCAAUGGCUUCGGCAGUGUCCGUUCGUCUACAAAUGGCUGGGGUACUGCCACCUCCGCUGCAACUGCAAACGAGUCACAAAGUACAGUCCAAUCGAACGGACAGGGUCCUCCUAGUAGCUCCGGGUCAGGGUGGGGUGGAUAUAAUAACACGUCUCAAACAGCUCCAUUCGGCUCGACCGCUCAACCAGGAUUUGAAGCCUUUCCACAACCGGGUAAUGCUCAAGAAGGCAUCGACCCUCAAGGUCGAUCUCUUGGAGGUGGCCGAGUGACUGGUCCAGGGGCAGAAGAGGUUGUAACAGUGACAUUAUUACCCGAAAAAGAAGGCCUCUUCAUGUUCCAGCAUCGCAAUUACGAAGUAAAGUCCGCUCGUCGAGGGAGCUCGGUAGUAAGACGUUAUAGUGACUUUGUCUGGUUACUCGAUUGUCUACACAAGCGAUAUCCAUUCCGGCAAUUGCCACUUCUUCCUCCUAAGAGAGUUGCAGUCAAUGGUACUCAUCUUUCAGCGGACUCAAAUUCGUUUCUUGAGAAGCGUCGUCGUGGAUUGGUUCGGUUUACUAAUGCUCUUGUGAGACAUCCGGUCUUGAAUCAGGAGCAAUUGGUGGUUAUGUUUUUGACUGUUCCUACGGAAUUAUCGGUAUGGCGCAAGCAGGCGACCAUAUCUGUACAAGAAGAGUUUGCGGGCAAAACAUUACCUCCUGACCUCGAAGAUUCAUUACCAUCAACUCUAAAUGAGACAUUUGAUACCGUCCGGUCGGGCGUCAAGCGUUCAGCUGAAAUAUUUAUCAAUCUUUGUGCAUUACUUGAGCGAUUGGCGAAACGCAAUGAGGGUUUAGCGGCGGAUCAUCUUCGAUUUUCGUUGGCUCUGCAGUCUCUGACCGAAGCUACCAAGAAUACGUACGCCGUGGACACGAAUGAUGUGCCGUUACUGAACGAAGGAAUCAAUGCAACCGCAAGACAUCUCUCCGUGAGUCAGAGUCUGCUAGAAGACGAGGCACGAGCGUGGACCGACGGAGUACUCGAAGACCUCAAACAACAGCGAGACUGCGUCGUUAGCAUGCGAGAUCUGUUCGAUAGGAGGGAUCGUCUUGCAAAGGAUAACAUUCCUCAACUCGAAAAGCGUAUUGAGACCAAUGAGAGGAAAUUACAGGAUUUGAGGAGUCGUCCUCAAGGAACGGUUAAGCCGGGAGAGAUUGAGAAGAUUGAAGAAUCUAUUUUCAAGGAUAAAGAGUCCAUUGUACAGCAACACGCGCGCGGCGUUUUCAUCAAAGAAUGCAUUCGUGACGAGCUUCUUUACUUCCAACACAGCCAAUACCAUAUCAGCCGUCUGCAUCAGGACUGGAGUCAGGAGCGAGUCAAAUAUGCAGAGCUUCAGGCCGAUAAUUGGCGGGGACUAAGUGAAGAGGUAGAAGGAAUGCCGACUGGAGAGUAACCAAUCGAUUUUCUCUAAAUAUAAUGGGCUUUCUUAUGUUGAAAGGGUCAUACCGCAGCUUGAUGCAUACAUAUACCACGCUUCUCAUUUGUCGUCUUUGUUGUCCUCUUGCUUUGCAAUGCAGGCCUGUUUUUGGUUGUUGAAUUGCUAUUGGUUGUUUUGAAUGUCAUUGGAUAUAUGUUUGCUUUCCUGCUUUUUUCUCACUGUCGUCAAGCCUUGUUUGGGGCGCCCAGUGGUCCAUACAAUACCAGAUAAUGGCUUUUUCUCUCGAUUUUAUCAAGAUAUUUACUGUCAUAUUUGUCGUGCAACGGGUGCAGUUGUGAUUGAUAUUCUUGUGUUUUCCCUUGAUUGGCUCAUCCGAUUCAGUUCUCGUGAUCUUUCUUCAAGCUGCCCGGAACACUGUGCCGUUUGAUUGCUGAGACUUGGUCGCUACCUAGUUAGGUCCUCAUGUACUUAUCUAGACGAAACAAGCUUGUUUCUGUCUACCCUGUG